UGAAAAGUCAAUGUGGCAUGUAAUUUUCUAUUUUUCGUAGCUGUCUACCGAUUUAGAUCUAGCUGUACCCCGGCUUUUAUGCGUUUUUAACGUUACCUUACUUGUACAAAUUUUUCUGAAUGCGUAAAAUAUUAGAAAUCGUCUUAAGCUACCCCGUGUCCGCUACGCCCGUGUUUCUGACUUUGAUGAUGGACAUACUUCUGAGGUUAGAUUCUCAACACCCUCAUGUCACCUUAUGGUAAAUACUUGAUAAAUAGUGAUAUGAUAAGAUAAAAAUAGUAUAAUUCGCAAAGAUGGUGGACAGUAAACCGACAGAAACUUCGGAGAAAAGCGAGAGCAAGAAAGCUCAAAAGAAGGAGGCAAAAAAAGCUGAAAAAGCGGCGAAGAAAGCUGAGCACAAGGCACAGACUCAAAAUGAAACUUUAGCCCCCGAAGAAGGUGAUGUUUCUGUUGGAAAGUAUGGCAAACUGCAACUGCAAUUUGCUGUGCAGAAAAAGUUCACCUACGUUAAGGAUCUGGAUAAGUCUGUUUCCGGACAGGUAGUUUGGGUAAGGGCUAGGCUGCAUACUGUCCGUGCUCGAGGAAAACAAUGCUUUAUUGUUCUAAGGCAGAGAGAAUAUACUGUUCAAGUAUUGGUGAAUGUUUCCGAAACCGUAUCAAAGUCUAUGGUCAAGUUUGCUAGCAACAUAUCUAAAGAGAGUAUAAUAGAUGUUGAAGCAAAAGUGGCACAAGUGCCAAGUAACAUAGCUGCUUGUACUCAGCAAGAUGUUGAGCUUCUAGCCUCUCAAAUAUGGAUUGUUUCACAGUCUUCACCACAGUUGCCUUUACAAAUUGAAGAUGCAAGCAGGCCUGAAAAAGCUGAGGAUGACGGUGACAGCCUUAACAUCCGUGUCAACCAAGACACCAGACUAGACAACAGAAUCCUUGACCUCCGCACACCAACAAAUCAAGCAAUAUACAGACUCGAAGCGGGCGUCUGCCGUCUUUUCAGAGAUUCCUUAACCAAGAAGGGCUUCGUAGAGAUUCACACCCCGAAAAUUAUUUCCGCGGCUUCUGAGGGUGGCGCCAACGUUUUCACCGUUAGCUACUUCAAAGGUAAAUCUAGAUUUCGCCAACAGGUUUGUGAAUCAGCCAGAGAACGAGUCUUCUUCCAAAUCGCUGAUGUACCAGGAGAAAUUACGGCAAUGUUAUUUGUGCUGGAUCGUUAUUUUCAGGAUCUGCUUACUUGGCCCAAAGUCCCCAACUCUACAAACAGAUGGCGAUAGCUGCAGAUUUUGAGAAGGUCUUCACCGUCGGCGCUGUGUUCAGGGCAGAAGAUUCCAACACGCACAGGCAUUUAACUGAAUUCACAGGAUUGGACUUGGAAAUGGCUUUCCAGUAUCACUAUCAUGAAGUAAUGAUGACGAUUGGCAAUUUGUUCACGGAGAUUUUCAAAGGAUUGCGUGACCAGUGUCAACAUGAAAUCGCGCUUGUAAACCAGCAGUACCCGGCCGAACCAUUUGAAUUCCUAGAACCGCCGUUAGUACUCACGUUCGACGCCGGUCGUAAGAUGCUUGCAGAAGCUGGAGUAGACGUUGCGGAAGAAGAAGAUUUGAGUACGCCCAAUGAAAAACUUCUAGGUCGCCUGGUGAAAGCCAAAUACAGCACCGAUUUCUACAUCCUGGACAAAUUUCCGUUGGCCGUUAGGCCGUUUUACACGAUGCCUGAUCCUGAAAACCCAAAAGCCUCGAACUCGUACGAUAUGUUCAUGAGAGGCGAAGAAAUACUGAGCGGGGCUCAGAGAAUACACGACCCGGAGUUUUUGACUGAAAGAGCCAAACAUCAUGGAAUAGAUACCAGCAAAAUUGCGGCAUACAUCGACGCGUUCAAAUAUGGCUGCCCGCCUCACGCUGGAGGUGGAAUCGGCUUGGAAAGAGUGGUUAUGCUGUAUCUAGGCCUGGACAACAUAAGGAAGACAUCUAUGUUCCCUAGGGACCCCAAGAGAGUGACACCUUAACAGAUUUUGUGGAUUUUAUAUUAACUUUGGAUUAUAUCAUUGAUUUUGUCUGCUUUAACAAUUGUUAUUUUGUCUGAUCAUUGUUUGAAUGACAACAAAUAAAUUUUAUUUCUAAAAGAUA